AAGAAGAGGAGAAAGAGGAAACUGACAAGUGGGAGGAGAAGAAACAGAGAGGGAGAGGAGUAGAGAACUGCAGAAACCAGCAGAGAGAUAGGCGUGCACGGCAAUACCCCUGCCUGUCCAACAGGGGGAGACUGGCCCAGAUGCCCCCAGCAAUUAUGGCUACACAGUGAGGAGUUGCUGGCUGUGUUCCCCCUCUUACCAUGCUGUCGGUGGGGGUAGGAGGAGGGGGGAGAACAGGAGGAGGAGGGGGAGGAGGAGGAGGAGGAGGGAGAAAUGCUGUUGCCCCCUGGCAUUCCCCAGCCUCGGGCAGACCGUUCAGCCGUGACCCAGGCAUCAGCAUCAAGCAGAAGAUUUCGCAAUGGGAAGGCCGCAGCCAGCAGGAGGAGGGUCAGGGCGUGAAGGUCAGGGGUCAAGGGACACCUGUGUCUCGGACCCUCUCUGGGGACGUCCUGGGAAAUGGAGUUUGCGGCGAUGGGAGAAGCUGUGAACCUCGUAGCAAGGCUAGCCUAGCCAAAGCCAAAAGCCUGGGGCUGGACUUCAGGGAAAACCAAGCAAGGUGUGGACAUGGCGGGGCCGGCCGGAAGCUGGACCUCCAGCAGAACCACAAGCGUCUGGAUGAAGUGGAAAACCUGAGCCCAACUCCCAGCCCAGUCUCAGCCCCCAUGCCAAAUCUGACCUCUGACCCUGUCAUCUCCCCUGCAGCCAAAACAGACAGCAGCAGGGAGAUCAUGGACAUUAGCAUCAUGGAGGCUGAUUCCCCCUCUCUGUCUGCAGAAGACCCCGGAUCGGCUCUGCCUCCUGGAAACUUCUACACCUCCCGGGGUUUCUGGCGCAGGCUGGAGGGUGAGGAAUCGCUCUGGAAUCGGGAGGAGGGUGACCGAGCAGGAGCGCAGAGCCCCAGGGCAGAGGACAGGGGGCUUUCCCUGGUGAGCUCCCCUCCCCCCAAACCGCAGCGCACUUUCCAGUACCGGGGAGCAGACAGUCCCCCAGGGCACUGGUGCCAAUGGGAGAACUGGGCCCCGCCUGCCAGCCAAUCACAGGUCAAGACUCGUGCCAGUGGCCCCCCACCCAGCUGCCCGCCCCCACCCUGUCCCGUUACCCAUGGCAACGGACUCUCGCGGCACAAGAAGAACAGGAAAUCUUUUGAGUUUGAGGAUGUCGUGCAGCUGACAGGCCAGCAGGGGGCAGUGGUGGACGAAGGGCGACGGUCGGGGUUAUACCACACUCUUUCCGAGGACAACAUCUACGAAGACAUCAUCUCGGACCAGUCCAGAGAGAACCCGUACGAGGAUGUGAAGUUGGCCCCAGUUGGCCUCUUGAGGGGCCGAUCAGUACCCUGGACAGUAGCACAAAGACGCAACCCCUGUACCCCCAAGCUCCCUCCCAAGCCUCUGACUCUGCGAAUGCCCUCUGAAAAGGUAGAGAAGCAGUGGAACGCUGACAGGAAGGAGGGGUUUAAGACGGCCACGCCCACGUCGUGCGUGCCCCCCUCCAGGCCGGGCCCGCCCAAGCGCUGCGCAGCUGGCCACAAGACCUGCAGGCUGCCUCCGUACGUGAACAAGAUCCAGGAGAUCUUCAGCGCCAAGAGGGGGUGGAAGAGGGUGAGGAACCAGAGAGGCGACAGCCAUGACGGCUUCGAAAACAGCGGCACAGAGAGUGACCCAGAGGAGAGCAGUAAAGGCGAGAACCGGCGUUCGGUCUAUGUCCAGUCCACCCUGAGGAGGAGGCCGGGGUACCGAACCCUGGAGAGGGACCUGAUCCAGCUCCAGCAGCAGCAGCUCUUCCAGCUCUUUGUGGUGGUGUCGCUGAGAAAGAGCUCCCCUGGAAACACGUACUCCCCUGAGAUUACACAGCAGUUCCCCAACAAGUUUGAGAAGUCUUCCCGUCUCUCCCGUGAGGCUGAGGACCGGCUGAAGGCCAUCCCCAAAUUCUGCUUCCCCGACUCUCUGGACUGGCGCCCAUCAGCGGACUUCCCCAGUGAAACCUUCUCUUUUGUCCUGACGGGAGAGGAUGGCAGCCGCUGGUUUGGUUACUGUCGGAAGAUUCUGCCCAGUGGAAAGGGGAAGAGGCUUCCUGAGGUUCACUGUAUUGUCAGUAGGCUGGGGUGCUUCAACCUCUUUGCCAAGGUUUUGGAGGAGGUGGAGAGGCGCAGGGAGAUCUCCCCGGCCCUGGUGUACCCCUUCAUGCGCAGCGUCAUGGAGGCCCCCUUCCCUGCCCCGGGACGCACCGUCACCGUGAAGAGCUUCCUGCCAGGCUCGGGGAACGAGGUGCUGACGCUGUGCCGGCCGGUGGACUCCCGCCUGGAGCAUGUGGACUUCGAGUGUCUGCUGCAGUGCCUCAGCGUGGGCCAGCUGCUGCAGGUCUUCGCCUCGCUGGUGCUGGAGAGGAGGGUCAUCUUCAUCGCCGACAAACUCAGCACGCUGUCCCGCUGUGCCCACACCGCCCUGGCGCUGCUCUACCCCUUCACCUGGCAGCACACCUUCGUGCCCGUGCUGCCCGCCAGCAUGCUGGACAUCAGCUGCUCUCCCACCCCGUUCCUCAUGGGGGCGCUGUCCCCAUGCCUGCCCCAGCUGCUGGAUCUGCCCAUAGAGGAGGUGCUGAUUGUGGAUUUGUGUGCAGACAGGUUUGUGAAACAGCUUGGGGACGAGGACUGUAUCCUACCCAAUAAACUGCAGGCUGCCCUCCACCAGAUUCUGGAACAGAGGGUGGAGAUACUAGGCCAAGAUGAAGGGCAAAAUAAAGGAGGAGAGGAGUCGAGCCUGAGCUCCCUGGUGUCGGAGGCGUUCGUGCGGUUCUUUGUGGAGCUGGUGGGACACUACUCCCUCCACAUGGAGGCCGCCUGCGGGAGCCGGGAGCUGCAGCGGGAGGCCUUCCGAAAAUCGCACCCGUCCCGCGGGGCCCGGCAGUUCCUGCAGCUCUUCAUGGACACGCAGAUGUUCGCCGGCUUCAUCCAGGACAGGGAGCUGCGCAAGGGGGGCGUGAAGGGUCUGUUUGAAGUGAGAGCUGCAGAGUAUCUGGCUUCAAACCCAGAGCCAGAGCCCAGCGGAGUCAACAAGUUCCUGAAGGGAUUGGGACACAAGAUGAAAUUCCUACAGAAGAAGUAAGAGUCAUUCCGGCACUUGUUCUCUGUCGUGGGGACAGAUGUGAUUUCACUGCUCAGUGCACUGUGGCAGGCGUCCCCUGGACCCAGGCCAGCUGCUGGAAUGCUGUGGCAGGGUGGGACAGUGGCCCAUGGGGACAUGUCGCUGCACCUCUGUAACGUGGAGUGUGGAGGACAUUGACGGAGAAACGGCUCAUGCCCAAAAUGAGCCGCACCUCUAGUCUGAGAGAAUUUGUGCAAUUGCAAUCGGAGGAAGACUGGAAAUGAGGAGUUUGUACAGUAAGCUUCAAGGAUGAUGUAACUGGAAGGUGGAAGAGUGGAAGGAGCAGGCACUAUGUACGUGUGAAUGAUGUGCUGAAAAGCUGCAAAAAAAUAUUUCAGAAGAAAAGCUCUUUGCUUUAAUUUAUGUGACUAAUUAUUUAUAUCUCCCGUCACUAACCGUGUUCCUUUCCCUUGUAGUUUUUCCCUGUUGUCUUCAUUGCUUUAUGACAGUUAUCUCUGCAUACCGGUCUGCAGGACUGGCCCUAUCUUUAGAGGAACAUGCUCAUGUUAGUGAUGUUUUAUAAAAUUUACCCUGUUCUCGUUGCUGAUGGAGAGUCAGUCUUUGGAAAACAGCUUUCAUAGAAACCGGUUUAGGUGUCCUAGGGAUUGUCCUCUGAUUUACUACAGUUUGUGCUUUAAUGGCCGGGAGGUCAUUAGGUUUAAGGGAAAAAAAUCUGUGACCAAUGAAAUGUUCCAAACGUUAUGACCAAAUCCUCAUGAAUCAUAUAUUCCACAAUAUGUAAUGUGCUGAAACGCAUUUUUCAUUCUUGACGUUUUAAAUGACUAAACCUGCCAGAAUUAUUGGUUCCAUGGUUUAAACUUCCUCUCAUGAGGUUUAUCUUGUCAGAAGGUGUCAAGACUCACUUCAGUAAAUGGAUAUAUUUUGCCUUUUCCAGACGGAUUUCCCAUUGACUUCCAUUUUACUUUAAGGUUAUGUUGUAAUAUAUUUUGUUUACUGUAGUCAGACCUCUACAGGGUAUAACCAGUAUGCUUACAAUGGCAUUUAUUUUGUUCAAAGGAAGAUUGUUAUGUUGCUUCGUUCUUGUGCAGUUUGAAAUCUCAUCUCAGUUGCUGAAGUCUUCAUGAAAAGUAUGUCUACAUACACAGACACACACAUUGAGAAAUAAGGACCAGAACACAGACACCUUACCUCCAUGUGAAUGACAGUAAUCAUCUCUUCCUGUUAACUGGAGUUUUAUACUUUCAUAAAAAACAACAGGGGCCUCCCUGCUUGGUUAUGCGUGUUUUUG